UUAUUAACAGAUAGUCUUGAAGCGGUUCAACUUGGUUUACUUAUUUGGUUUAUUAUUUAUGAACAGUUAGCAACAUUGCAAAGGAUUUUGUUAUUAAAAUGGCUACUUUACAAUCGUUUGUAUGUGGUUCGAAAAUUGGAUUACCCUUGAUGUUUCUAGCAAUGAUUUUAGUUUUGCCAUUAACUCGAUCUGCACCAUUGGAAGAAGCCAAGUUGUUGCGACAGAUUGCUGACCAAUACAGCGCUCCAUUGGUUGUCUCAUUCCUACAUUCAAGGAUCCAGAAGAACGAAGAAAUGAUUUCCAAAAUUGAAAGCUCUCUUAAAGAUUUGGAUCAAUCUAAAGUUGAUGUCUUUGAUUUGGCUGAAAAAACUCUUGAAUUAUUGGAUGAACAGUUAACUGCUCUGGAGAAGGCUGAUUACUUUGAUUUCAAUGGAACGGAAAAAGUAAAGUAUUUUAUUGAACAAUUCAUCAUGCAAAACGAAAUGUAUCCAAUUGAGUUUGGUUCCUAUGGAGCAGUUAAGGUCCCUGUUACUCCUGAUGCUUUGUUGGAAAAUCUUGGAAAGAAAACGAGCAAAGUUAUGAUCAGUUCUACUAAUACUAUGAUACAAACAUACUUGACCGAUAUCGAUGAAAAAGAGCGAAGUUUUGGUAGCAAUCGAAUGCAGAAGCUGGCUGCUUUCUUGGCUAAACGAGAGCUAAAGCUAUUAAGCAAUUACCAGUAUCCACCAUCCUAUGGUAAUGACGGUUACAAUGAAGCUAAUGAUCCUAAAUUUGCACUUGGUACAGUGCUAAGAAAAGUAAAGAGAAUUGUUGACUUUUUUUAUGCUCAGUUCAACUAUUUGGCUGAUUCAAAGUCAACCAACAGAAUGGGUGAAAAGUCAGUCAACAAAAGACAAGAAGAACAAUCGGAAAUUGAGACCGAGGUAACAACCAAGUUUGGUCUAAAGUCAAGUACCAAUAUGAAUGAAAAUUUAGUCAACGAAAGGGAAGAAAAACAAUCUUUCGCCUCUGAAUUUGAAGCCGAGGUAGUAACCGUAGCUAGUCCAGAGUCAAAUACUAUUGAGAUAUUGCCUCCCGAUUUCCAAGCGGAAGUGGCUACAAUUCCAUCUGUUCGAAGGCAUGAAUAACCAUAUUACUUCUGGCGAGCUGAACAAGGUCACUAUAACUUUUUUUAAUCUUGGUACCUGUGGCCCUCAAGGGAUGAAAAUCCGACCUGCGAAUGAAAAUGAAAAAAUCACUUACUGAUGACUGACUUUGAAAGAUUAAAGACAAUAUUAGAAUUUUAAUGAAAUAA